AUGAAACGACGACACCUGCUCAAAGGCGGCAUCGCCCUACCCUUUACCCCGCUGGCACUCUCCGCCUGCUCUGGCGGCAGCGGCGCAGACAAUAUGUAUCUGCAGAAUAACUUUGCCGGGGUCGCGGAUGAAACCACUGCGACAAGUCUGCAGGUCACUGGCUCCAUCCCGGCAGAUCUCAGCGGUCGCUUUCUACGUAAUGGACCUAAUCCUGGCGCUGACGUUGAUGCUGGCUCGUACCAUUGGUUCACCGGCCGCGGCAUGGUCCAUGGCCUGCGCCUGAACGAAGGCAGAGCCGAGUGGUACCACAGCCGUUUUGUGGGUGGCAGCGCCGCCAACACUAACGUCAUUGGUCACGCUGGUCGCACCCUGGCCAUAGUUGAAUCUGGCGGCUUACCUCAGGAUAUGAGCUACACCCUGGAUUCCCUGGGCGACAACACGUCUAUCGGUACUGGCUAUACCGCGCACCCUAAACUCGACCCGGAUACCGGCGAAUUACAUGCCAUUUGUUACGACUGGGCAUCAUUACGCGAUCACGUGCGUUAUGUUGUGGUGGACGCUGAGGGUGAAUGGGCGGACGAAACAGAGAUUCCGUUAAGUGGCAUGCCAAUGAUUCACGACAUGAGCCUCACGGCGAAUUAUGUGGUGAUCUACGACCUACCCGUUACCUUGAGUUUCAUGGCCCUGGGCACCGGCGCGUCCUUCCCCUUCCGCUGGGAUGACGAACAUGAACCCCGCAUCGGCCUGAUGCCACGCAACGGCGAUGCCAGUGACAUCAUCUGGUCGCCCAUAACCGCUAACUACGCUUAUCACCCGAUGAAUGCAUACGAAGAUGCAGCCGGUAACGUCGUCAUAGAUAUUUGUCGCUACGACAAAAUGUUCGACAACGAUAUAAACGGACCGUUUGGAGACAGCCUGCCGCGCCUGGACCGCUGGACGGUCAACCCGAACACCCGCAAAGUGAGCGAAACCGUUGUGGAUGCGCGCACCCAGGAAUUCCCCCGUAUUCAUCCCGCAUUAAACGGUAAGCCUUAUCAAUACGGUUACACCGUCGCGGUGGCCGGAGGUGCAGGCAAAUAUGGAUUCCCAUCCAUCUUAAAACACGAUAUGCGUUCGGGUACUUCCACUGAAUUCACCAUGGGUGCAGGCAGACAAAGUGCAGAACCCGUAUUUGUUCCUCGGCAAGGGGCAACAGAUGAAGAUGACGGCUACCUGAUGACCUAUGUUUUUGAUGCCAACAAAAAUACCAGUGACCUGCUUAUUCUGGAUGCCCAGGACUUGUCCCGCCCAGCCCUUGCGCAGGUUCAUCUGCCCAGUCGUGUACCGUAUGGGUUCCAUGGUAACUGGGUGGCUGAUACAACGGUCGCGCCCACCAGCUGA